AUUAUAAAAAAUUUUUAAAAAAAAUUUUUAAUCUCUCUCUACUCUUUCAAGUUAAUAAAAAAAAUGAGUAAAAAACAAAAGAAAGUUAAAGUUGAGGAAAAUAUUUCGCUCGGACCUCAAGUUCGAGAAGGUGAACUUGUAUAUGGAGUCGCACAUAUUUUUGCCUCAUUUAAUGAUACUUUUGUGCAUGUAACUGAUUUAUCUGGAAAAGAAACUAUCGUUCGUGUUACUGGUGGCAUGAAAGUGAAAGCAGAUCGUGACGAGUCAUCGCCGUAUGCAGCUAUGUUAGCAGCUCAAGAUGUAGCGGCUAAAUGUAAAGAAUUAGGUAUUACAGCUUUACAUAUUAAAUUACGUGCUACAGGUGGUAAUGGUACAAAAACUCCCGGGCCUGGAGCUCAAUCUGCUUUAAGAGCUUUAGCUAGAGCUGGUAUGAGAAUCGGUAGGAUUGAGGAUGUUACUCCUAUUCCCACUGAUAGCACUCGAAGAAAGGGUGGUCGUAGAGGCAGACGUUUGUGAAAGUACAUCAAGAUAAAAAAAAUAUUUUUUCUUAUUGUUUAUUUAAAAAUGUACCGAUAAUUGAUAAUAAAGAUUUAAAGUUAAUUUUUGAAAAGGUUA